UGCAUGGGUAUCUUUAUCUUUACAACAAGCCUGUAAACUGUGUCAAAAAUAGUGGUGAGGAGAUUGAUUACCUGUAUUGUUGCCUAUAAACCUUAUCUAACAGACCUGCUUGUUUGAACAUGGGACAGUUGCAAAGAAACCCCACCAGUGAAAUUACCCUCUGUGUAAAUCGGAUGAUCAACAUGGAGAUGUUUGCCUCUUACACCUACACUUCAAUGGCUUUCUAUUUCUCCCGUGACGAUGUGGCUCUGCCUGGCUUCUCUAAUUUCUUCAAGGAGAACUGCUACGAGGAGCGCGAGCACGCCGAAAAGCUGCUCUCCUUCCAGAACAAAAGAGGUGGACGCAUUUUCCUCCAGGACAUCAAGAAGCCAGAUCGUGAUGAGUGGGGCAAUGGGCUUGAGGCCAUGCAGUGUGCUCUGCAGCUGGAGAAGAAUGUGAACCAGGCCCUGCUGGACCUGCACAAGAUUGCCUCCGACAAGGUCGACCCUCAUCUGUGUGACUUCCUGCAGUCCCACUACCUGAAUGAGCAGGUGGAGGCCAUUAAGAAGCUGGGCAACCACGUCACCAACCUCACUAAAAUGGAUGCUGUCAACAACAAGAAGGCAGAGUACCUGUUUGACAAGCACACCCUGAGAGGCCAGAGCUAAACCACGUCCAGGCUACAGCCUCCAGCCUCAGACAAGGACUCCUGGCUUUUCUGCUCUAUUCUGCUGCCUUUGCAUCUGUAAAAAACAUGUAUGCAUUCACUAACUGUAAGUCGCUCUGGAUAAGUGUCUGCUAAAUGACUAAAAUGUAAAGGUACUGUAUGUCAGAUUACCAGUAAAUCUUGUUGUAUAAUUACUGUUUUUUUAACCAGUAGAGCACAGAUGCCACCCCACAUUGUCAACAACAAUCAACUGUGCUAAAGUACUGUGGGCUUAGAUAGCCUUUUCUCAGGAUACAGUUUAAUUACAAGAUUAAUAUUCACUCUCUGCGACCUGUUGCCCUUAGAUUGGUCUACAACACUAGACAAGGAGAAAAUGGUAGGCUUUAUCAAUUGCCUUGCACUCUUGCUUACAUAUGGUCUUUACUGCUUUAAGUGUCCUUUUGGUUUUUCAUGUGUUCUGUGCAGUUCAUACAUUUGUCAUUUCAGGUUAAUCAAUUGUUUUCUGUUUAUUUUAUUUGGGCUAUUUGAUACAAAAGGUAUGUCUGUUUGAGAAAGACGCCAUUUAUUUUAACAAGACUGAUCACUUCAGGAAAUAACUACUGGGAACAAAAGGGAGUAAAGCCUUGCAAUGGUUUAUGGAUUACAUUACAAAUGUGUAACCUUGCAUUAAAGCAUCAUGAACAUUUCAA